GCGGAUGUUUGUCGAAGAUGCUUGGGGUCAUUGGAUUUCUCGUUGGGGCCUCUCGUCGCAUCAACAUCCUUCACCACGCGAUUCGACCCUCGGAUCUACUCCCACGAGAUCAUGCACUUCCCCAACUUGUUGCUUAUGGCCGCUUUGGCGAGUCCUGGAGCAGCCUCUCCCGUUUCCUCAUCGUGUCCACCAGACUGGCAAGGCAACGUCGCAGCACCUGGCUAUACCUCAUCCCUCCCCAUCUGCCCCGUCCUCCAGAACAAUGGCGUAGCCCUCACGCGCUCGGAAAUCGCCCAGAUCUUCACCUCACACACCGUGCCAGUCGACGACACCGCCGCGGCGGACAUGGAGCUCAUCCGGCGCACAAUCUCGCGCUACGCCCUCGCCAUCGACGGCCGCAAUUUCCCCGUGCUGGACAGCAUCUUCACCCAGGACGCGCUGGCCAACUACUCCGAGGUCGGCUUCAUGAGCGGGAUCCAGGAGAUCAAAGCGACGCUCUCCGCGGCGCUGACGCUCUUCGCCAUGACGCAGCACCUCAUGGGCACUUCUGUGAUCCAGCUGUGCCGCGAGGAGCAAGAAGGGACUGUCAAUGGUUCGGUGUUGAGCGCCGUGUCGGCGACGUAUGUGCUCGCGACGCACUUUCCCGCGCCAUCGACGGGAUGGCCGGGGGUGAUUUCGCCGGAGGAUAUCGCGGUCGUGCCGGUCAUGUAUCAGGACUCGUGGACGCGGGAGGUGGACUGCCACGGGGCUGUAGCUUGGAAGAUCAGGGGCCGGUACCUCUUGUAUCAGGGACUGCUGAUCGGAUCAGUUCCUAAUCAAUCAAUAGGUUUGAACGCAUGAAUACAUAAAGUCUAGGGUAUGGAAGCACAAGUGGGCCUAGGGCCAGGCGUCCGGAUUUUAAUGGACUCUUGGCGCAAGAUUCCAAUGUCGAUAUCGAAGAGCCCAAGUGAUGGAAUUCUGAGGGACUGCGGGAGGCUUGCCAUAAUUAUCGUGUGGCGCGUUUGGCAUCAAAAAUAGAUUUGCAUGCAUAUCCAAUCA